UGUUGAAGGAAAUUGUUUUCUAUUUGCAGGAAUAUAUCUCAGAAUUAGAGAAGAAAUUCACCUGGAAAGAGCUUAGUUAUUUUGAGUUGAAUCUGGAGACAUGGAGACAGCUGUGGAGGGUUCUCGAGAUGUCUGAUAUUGUUCUCAUCAUUGUUGACAUACGUUACUGUGCACUCAUGUUUCCUCCAUCAGUUUACAACUAUGUGACAGAGAUGCUGCAUAAGGAUAUGAUUCUGGUUUUGAAUAAAAUUGACUUAGCACCAGCUCCACUGGUUGUUGCGUGGAAGCACUACUUCCAGCAGAAGUACCCUGCUAUUCAUAUUCUCACCUUCACUUCAUUCCCUGCUUACAACCUGAGGGGCAAUCAAGAGAACAAGGCUGGUAAGCAACUCUCAAUUAGUGCAUAUUUUGCAUCUUGUUAUCUUCUGUUAUUUGUAGUUGAUUUGAGUUCAUGGCAUAAGAAAAUAUCUGAAGAAAUGGAACUGGAAUUUGAUGAUGAAGAUAUUGAAGUGGGUGAGACUGUUGAAAUGAAGAAAGUGGACACAGGAUAUUUUGAGCAUGAAAAAUAUAAAGAUGGAACCUUAACAAUAGGCUGCAUUGGGCAGCCAAAUGUGGGGAAGUCUUCCCUUAUGAAUGCAAUUAUGGGAAAGAAGGUUGUGAGUGUGUCUAGGACCCCAGGGCACACGAAACAUUUCCAGACCAUCUACCUAACUCCUAAUGUAAGACUGUGUGAUUGUCCAGGUCUUGUGUUUCCUUCCAAAGUCCCAAAGACGUUACAGGUACAGCUGUAUGCAUUUAAAAAUUAUUUUAAGAAGUUUUGGUAAGAAUUUAUGAUGCCUGCUUUCCUUGAAAUGAUUCAGCCAAUGUGGUAAUGGUAGCAAGAAAAAUAAAUAAGUUAAAUGUACAGUUCAGUGAUCUGUAAGGGGCAAUCAAAGCGGCCUCCGUAGUCUAGAGGUAACAUUCCCACCUCAUGACUCGUGGUACACAGGU